UUUAGUCAAAGGGGAUACAUGAACGUCCCACUUAGGCUCACCCACCGAAUCCUUGGCCCGCGAGUUCCUUCAUUGUAGAACAAACCAACAAACACUCAAACAAAGAGGAUCUCCAGAAUAGCAAGCGAGUGGUGUACUAUUACCAUGCUUAUCAAGCGGUGCCUAUGGCUUAAGUCUGUUCAAUCCUUACACCCAUUUACAUGCUCAGCUGCUUCACUACCUUACUAACCGACCAUGUAUAUGGAACACUUCUAGAAAUAUGGCGCCCGCACUACCCAUUGAGGUUUCAAACAACUUCGCGAAAUCUGAGAAGAGUCCAGUGCGGGAAACUCAGCUGUGAUUUCAUUCCAGUCCGUUCGUCCCGCCAUCCAUUCGGCAUUUUCGGCGAAGGCGAUGCACCGACCCCGAAAAAAGCCUGUUCAUUGCGCCAAUGCGAGGGCUCAUCCUUUCUCAUUAUGGUUAAAGAAUGCGGUGUUUCAGAAUACCCUUAUCCACAGAAAGCUAUCGGCGCAGGUAAUAUCAGACUGGCUAAUAGAGUUUGGGGAAUAUGUACUAUACACCAUAAUGAUAUUCUCAUCUAUCCUGCCUCGACAAGCUUGUUAAUGCUUCUGCCGCAUAUGGCCGAAAAACAUAACUGGUCAAGGCUUUCGGGUGUCGCCAAUCCAUUGCAACGCCCUUUGUCGAUCCUAUCAGAGCUUUUCAUGUCACAGAGCGGCGUCUAUACAUAUGCACUCGUGCAAUUCUCGGCCUAAACUUGGUUCGUGGGGCGCUCGUUUGCGCGAACUGCCCCGUGAUCAACAUUUCACCGCGUCUGCAAAGGGAUAAACCUAGCAACCAACGACUGGAACAUUGCAGCGCAUGCUGCAAAGUAACCUUGAAUUAAAAUUGAAGCAUGAAGGCUCUCGUGGAA